AUGUGCGAUCCUAUACAGGUGUCGCCUCCAAUCCCAUACACUCCGAGGGACGAGGAUUUCUACGUCCCAGAUGUGCAGGCGGGAAUUCACAGACCAAACGUUGACCUUCUCAGGCACCACUUCUGGAAUGAAGGCCGCUUGACUGAACAGCAAGCCCUGUUCAUCUUGGGCCAAACAACCGCAAUGCUGAGCAGAGAGCCUAAUAUGCUGCAUGUGGAAGGCCCCGUUACAGUGUGCGGGGAUAUACAUGGUCAAUACUACGAUCUCAUGAAGGUUUUCGAAGUGGGAGGUUCCUUCGCGGAGAACAACUAUUUAUUUCUGGGAGAUUAUGUCGACCGAGGGUACUUCGGGAUUGAGUGUCUUCUGUAUUUAUACGCCCUCAAAUUGUGGUAUCCGACCCGUCUUUCCCUCAUAAGAGGAAAUCACGAGUGUCGGCACCUAACAGAGUACUUCACAUUCAAGCGUGAGUGCUUGCACAAGUACUCUGCGACGGUGUACGAAGCGUGCAUCCAGUCGUUCCAAGCACUCCCGGUAACGGCACUGAUUGAAGGCAAGUUCUUCUGCGUGCACGGCGGGAUCUCGCCGGAGCUGAUGCGUCUGGAGGACAUUGAGAAGAUCGAUCGCUUUGUCGAACCAGCGUCGGUUGGCCUGCUGUGUGAUCUCCUGUGGGCGGACCCGAUACCUAAUUUCGGGCAUGAGGGACUACCGCCGGGACAUUCGUUCAUCGCAAACCAUACCCGGGGAUGCAGCUAUUACUACACUUAUGACGCGGCAUGCCAGUUCCUGGAGAGAAACAACCUGCUCGGUAUCUUCCGUGGGCACGAGGCGCAAGACGCUGGAUACACCAUGUAUCGGAAGACAGCGUCGAAGAAGUUUCCAUCCGUGAUCACUGUGUUCAGCGCGCCAAACUACCUCGACGCGUAUCAUAACCGCGCUGCGGUAAUCAAGUACAAGAAUAAGAGCAUCACGAUCCGGCAGUACAAUGCGUCGUCGCACCCAUAUUGGCUGCCCAACUUCAUGGACGCAUUCACGUGGUCGCUGCCGUUCGUCGGCGCGAAGAUCACGGAGAUGCUACUCGCCAUUUUAUCAGUGUGCUCGGACCGCGAGCUCGAGGACGAGGACGAAGCCCGCAUGGCCGUAAGCCACGUCCAUCCGAGCGAGCGCAGGCAGGAGAUCAAGAACAAGAUUCUGGCUGUGGGGAAGAUGCAACGUGUCUUCCAGCUCUUACGACAAGAGGCGGAGAGUGCAACGGAGCUAUCGCCCACGGGCGAGCUCUCAUCUGCGCCAUGGCCUGGCGGCUUUGCCGCACCACCAGCUCCGUCUCCAGAUGCGCUCGGUGUCCAGACCACGCACAUGCGGCGGUACAUCCGCUCGUUUGACGACGCGCGGCGGUCUGAUAUGCUGAAUGAGCGGCUGCCGCAGUACGCGCAUGCGGGUAUCCCACUGAUCCCCGUGCCUAGUAUGCGGCUCGCUGGCCUCGCACAUGGCGAGGACGGUGUGGAGGAGCAGUCUAUGGAAGCGCUGAUACGCAGAGCGCUGGAAGAGGAAGGCGUUGGUGACGGCGGUGUGGUGGAACGGUUGGCAGAGCGGAUUGCGAGGGGCAGACGAUCUUCAGGCAGACCGAAGGCACUGAGGCGAAUCGAAACGGCGCCUUGA